CAUCCCUGAUUCCUGGGCAAACGAAACAAAAAUAAUUAAGCCGGCUGACAAAAAUAGUAGACCUUUCACCGGGCUGUCAUGGUAUAAACACUGCAAAAUGGAAAUAAUAUUGCCCCAGGAAGCGCACGAUGCGAAAAAGUUCCUGGAUUGCGCGGAGAAGGUGGACUACGAUGAGUUCUCGGCGAAAAUGUUUAUAUUCUGCAACGCCCACAGCGACGUGGAUGUAUUCGAGCUGAUGGGCAACGACCGUCUGUCGCAGUUGAUAUACGGAUGGGAGGUGUGCCACCUGCCCACUCGCGAACCCGAGUCCUUAAAGGAUCCCGCACUGCGUCACAUCGUCCAGGUUCUGGCGCACCAUUCGCUGCAGAUGUGGUUCAGCCAGGAGUGGAACACCUGCACCGAGGGCCUCAAGCACCUGCUGCUGUACAGCCUCACCAAGGCGGUGCCAGCGUUCUUCCAGAUCCCCGACCUGGCCAAAAUUGACUGGGCAUACAUCCUGCAAUUCCAGGCAAAACCCUGGAAAAUCGCUUACCUACAGCAGCUGUUUCUCAGCCUGAAACUUAACAAACACCAUGCCAUAGAACACACGGUGCCUGUGGCAGCGGGAGAAGAUAUCGCUUUUCUGAUGCAGGAAGGCCUCUGCCUAAUACUCCUGCGACUCAUGCAGCUCUUCAAUGCAGGCAACUUUGAGGCUGUAAAACAGCUGUCUCUUCGCAUGCUAGCCGCUUGGUUGAAAGCCCACGAAAAUGCCCCAUUUGAGUCCUUUAAACAGGAUCAAAAAUCCAUUACCCUUGUGGCGCAUCUGUACCUCUUGACCAUAUUCGUAAGAGAUGAAAACCGCGGCUAUGUAAUUGAUAAUUUGAUGUACAACAUUCGUUUUUAUGUCCAGAGCAUGCAGGAAGCUUCGGUCUCCCAAGACAUUAACUUCACGCCAGCUCGUCUAAUUGCCCAGAUCUGUGUGCGCCUGCAGCUCGGCAAGAAUGGCUUCUUCGAGCAGAUUGGUUUCAAGAAAUUCAAGCUCAACCUCGUCACCUCUUUUGCCGUCAUGCUGGAGGCCUACUCCAGUUAUGUACUGGGCAACCUCUUGAUGGAGCUCCAGGGCCUCAACGAGCACGAUUUCUUGGAGCACUUGCCGCAGUUCAAGGUUCUUAUGUAUCGCUAUGUGGAGGAGCGAGAGAACAGCGAGAGUUUUCUCCUAGAAGAGCUGAAGAAGAUGGAGAACCAGCGGAACAGCCACUUUCAACCACAGGUGGUGGAACUUAAUCUUAACUACCAGCAGCAGAUAUGCAAGGGCAAUCGGGCCAGUAAUAUUGGCAACUACAAGAACUGUGACGACGAUGAGAAACCACUGCCGGAGGCGGACGAAGAGCAGGACCGACAGAUAGAUCCAGUGUUUCAAAAUGUGCCAAAUAACGAGGAGGUUUUAACCUUUGUCUACAAACUGCUGGCCGAGCGGAACUUUUCCGGCUGGAAGUUUGCCAAGAUUGCGCUGCUGCUUAAGAUUAUUGGCCAGCAACUGAAUGCCAUAGAAAUAUGGCGCUACCACCCCGGUCUGACGAUUGAUUUCAUGCUCAAUUUGGAACAGAAGAUGUCGGCGAACUAUGCCGACUUGGCAAAAGUCUUCUCCGACCACGGGUUCAUGGAGGCAGAGUUCUGGCUGACUGCUUUCUAUCUCCAUCCGAUGACCUUAAAUUACAAUGAGGUCAGACGGUGUUCGCGCAUUAAGAAAAAGCGCCAGGAGGAGGACAACUGGCCGCCAGCUGCGGCAUCUCACGGCGUCAAAUACGAGUUGCUUAGUUCCACCAUUGAUGUCGAUGAGAUUGUAACCAUAACAAACCAUAACGCCCCAGUGGCUGACUACGAUCCCAUUUACAAAUCUCUGCAGGCGCUACGGCUUCCCCGCAGCAUGAUCAAGGAUCUUCUGACAGUGGUCUUCCAGCCGCGAAACAAGCGCUACUCCUGGGCUCUGGACUGGCACACGCUGCACGAGCGAUGUCACGCUUUGCUUAAAAGCCAGGACCUGAAAAACAAGUUCGUGGCUCUCAACAUGGCCGAGGCAGGGGAUCACUUGGAGUUUCUGCAGAUUGACUAUGCCAAGUACAGGGAUCGACCGCAGUUGGACUACGGCACCAUCGAGGAGGGCUACGAAAAUGCGGCAAAUCUGCCGGAGCCUGAGGAGGAACCAGAACCGGCACCUGUGGUGGAUGAAGAAGAUGUAAAAUCUACACAGCAGAAAAAGCGGAGACCCGCAAGGCGCAAGUUCUGGGAUGAGGUGUUCUCGGAAGACGAGGAGGAGGCUGCCUCAAGCGAUUCAGAGCCCUACUACACAGGCAAUGGCCGCCGGACUAGGAUAAGAGCCGCAGCCAUGGUGGCCAAUGCCAUGUUAUCCGACAUGGAUCGCAGUAUGCGCGGUGGCCGGCGAUCGAGCUCACGAGCCUCAUCAGAGACAUCAGACCCACAGCCAGACCACGAUGCGCAGCCAGUGACCAAAGUCGAAUCGCCACAGCCACCGUCCCCAAAAGAAUCAGCUGCCAGUGAUGAGAAGCGAACGAUUGGUGAUCUGAUGGAGGCACGGACGAAAUUUAGCAACGAAACCGGCGGAUUCAAAGCCUUCGCCGACAUCUGGAGCUUUGAGAAGGAAGAGCUCCAGAACGUGGCCAGCGAGGGCAAUAACCUGAUGGAGUGCAGCUCAAUGCUUAGCAAGUUCAAGAAUUUAAAGAACCUUAAGAUGACGGCAGCGGCGAAGGAGCCCGUUCAGCCAGAUCCACCGCCAUUAGCAAGGAUAGUUCGCACAGGAUCGGAAACUGAGAGUGUGAAUUCUGACACCUCAACAAUGGCUACGCUCGACUUCAAUGAGGAUACCUGCGACGAUUCCCCUGGUGUAAGUAAAGAGCUAACGCCUUCGCCGCCAUCCAAAUCAGAUUUAACCAUGGAGAAUGAAGUGUUGCAGCCCGCCGAACAGAGUGAGCCGCAGCUGGUCGAGAUGCCCCUGGAAACUAAACAGAUGAAGCAGAAGCCCAUGGAAAGGGAGCCCGUUAAAACUGGACAGAAGAUUGACGACCAUGUGGAAACUAGGCAGGUAAAAGAUAAGCCCUUCGAAACUGUGCAGCUAUUAGGAGAGGCCCAUGAAACUAGACAACGAAAUGAAGAGGUCCUGAAAACUAGGCAGCUUAAAGAGAAGAUCAUGGAAACAAGAGAGCUAAAAGAGGUUCCGGAAACUAAACUAUUGACAAAAGAGCCAAAACAGGUUACCUCUGAACUCUUAGAAACUGGACAGGUAACCAAUCAGCUAGCAGGAAAACAUCCAGGAACUAGGCAGCGAAAGGAGGAAAUCAUUAACCUGGCGCACGUAGAAAAAGUGCAGUUACCGAAAAUAGUGCCAACGGCCACAGUUAUCGUGGAAAAUAAACAACUAACAAGAAUAGUAAAAAAUAAACAGCUUGCCGGAAAAGUGGGAACGUCUACAGGAACCGACACAGAAACUGACACUGCCGAAGAGACCUUGCGGUAUGAACAGGAACCGGAGUGCAAGCGGUUGAAAGUGGACCCAAUUGAAGUCGCAUUCCAUCCGAAUCCUUUAUUAGGCGAAAGCGCGGAACAAGAGAGGCAACGCCUUAUCCACGAGUGUCUGACCCGUCCGGCCCAAGUGUGCUUGAAUUUGCUGACACCCCAGGACAUUGAGAAGCUACGAGGAGUUCGAGUGCGUAUUAAGCGCACUAACUUGGUGGACUACUAUCGCGAGCAGACAGGACGCAUGCAAAGGAGAAUCCUGCUCAAUCAGAGCCGCUCCCAAACCGAAGAUAGCAAUGCAUCAUCGCUCAGCUACGAUGUCCGCAAACAUGGAAAGAGGCGCUUCAAGAAGUUUGUUCACAUUACAUCGGACUCGCCGGCGCCUUCGUCAUCGUCCACGCCAUCGCCACGCAUAAUGGAGGCAAAGCCGAUAUUCAAGCACAUAACAUCCGACUCGUCCACGGAUCUGGAGGAUGUGCCGCACGCGGGCUCCACCAUGAGGAGACGAGGACGCGGCAGAGGUCGAGGACGAGGCGGUCCACGGUGUAGGACACAACAAAUUUCGCGUCGGACACCCUCUUAUCCGGCAGAUGUAAUCGAGCUGUCCUCGGACUCGCUGUCCUCCAGCUCACCGGUGCCAGGAGGCAACCAUGCCAUGAUUCACUUCACCCAGGUGAUGGAGAUGGACCCGCUGUACGAGGAGGAAAUCGUUCCCUUCUAGCACGUUGUUGACAAGUCGACCAGACUUCUGGGCCGCAGGCGAGGCGCUACGUGCUCGGAACGAAUGCAGGCGAGGGGUUGCACAGAGGUUGAGCAGAGCGAGAAGAUGGAAAGGCAGGGGGAAAAUCGAAAAAGGAGCAUAGCUGGGAAAAUCGAGUUUGUCUCGCUUGUUAGAAUGCAAUUAGCCCGAGGCACAUUCGGUAUUUGCUUUGGCUAGCACAGAACCAGGAUUCUGAUGAAAUUAUGUACAUGUACAUCUGUUUGUCCAAGUCCCCGGCUCGGGCAUUGUAUUUCCGUUUUUAUUUGGACUGUGACGACGCCCGCGGGCCGAUAAAAAACAACUCUCGUCGAGUCCUGGGCAACGCUCAAUGGAAAAAGCAAACGCAUCCGCUCUUCAAUUAACUAGCUAAUUGAUAUGCAUUGUGGUUCUAAAAAACCAAAUUAGCUACACGCGUCAGAGGAGCUCUUGAAUAUGGAUGACGACGCUGGCGACACGUGGCUGUUGGUGUGAAUUUUGGUGGCAAUAUAUAUAUCACUAACUAAUGGGUUGGGAUGGAAAGAAUGGGCAGGGAAUGAUACGCAUUAGGAUUAGUACUGUUUAAAACAUUAAUAAAUUUACAAUUAUAAUUAAGCAUAAACUCUAUAUUUAUCUUAAAUGUACUUUCUAAGUUUAUAUUGUAUCAAAAUUAUUUAAUAAUGUAAAACCACUUAUGUUUCGUUUUUGACUCAAAAAUUGUUUAAAAUAAUAAACAAAUAAAAAAUCAUAUUUUUUGAUUGU